AUGAUAACAGUCUUACAGAUUCCCGCAUGGCUGAUAAUAAUAAGAAGAUUUACUAAGAGAUUAUCAGAUCUGGUUCUCAAAGCAUUGGUAUCAAAGGAAAGAAAAGAUAACAACCUAUCUCUUACCGACAACCGAUACUUUGUUUACGGCUUGCGAGUUUCGAAUCGUAAAGCCGGGACAGGUCAAGCUUACUAG